GGUUAAGUUGCCUUUAUUCAACCACACGACCACAUUAUCACACCGACAGUCACCAAGGCACGAACCUCAAACAGCACGGGGAUAACUUUUUACUUACCAGUCACCCAGAUUUUACGAGGUUGAGAUCGAAAAUUUGGUAAAACUAGUGCAAAGUUCUGGAAAUUUAUGUGUUUGUGCAACCAGUUUAAAGUAGAGAACAAACUUUGGUCACGAAAUAAGGAUUGAUAAAUAUUUCCCUACUCUGUAAUCAAGUCAACGACGAUAUUUUCACUGGCACAUUGUUUGCAUAACGGAAUUCUGUGUAGAAAAUGAACCCACCCAACAAACAAUGGACUAUCGAAUCCCUGCAUCCGUCGCAGAUGGCUGACGAAGACAAAGAGAAGCUAGCGGACAUGGAAGGCCAGUUUUCUAAGUGGGACGUGGAUCCCAAAUGGGCCAAUUUGUUAAGCCAAUUUAAGAAGGACUCCAUCGUUUCCUGCGGUAACUGCGGCCUUAAUGAGACCGAGCUUGGCGGCGGGGUGAAACUGAAACGAUGCUCAAGGUGCAAGCUGAUCGGUUACUGUUCCGCCUCGUGUCAAAGAGAAGACUGGGAAAGUAAACACCGACAAACCUGCUGUGUUCCCCGUCUCUCCGGUGAGGCCCAAGUACAAUACGACGCCGCUUUGAACAACCUCUGUCAAACAUUUGGCCAGCAGUUGGACUCCAGAAAAGGGAAGCAACCACAAAAUGCACCUGAAACGAAGAUAAUGCACGCAAUUCAAAUACAGGAUGCAACCCAUCCAAGGUCGACGGUGAACCCUGAUUUGUUACGAAUGCACAGACUUAAGGAUCCAACUUGGAAAGUUAUUUGUCUGACAAUUACAGUAUGCCGGAGCUAUCCCAGAUGGGUUAACAUCGGGCUCACACCGGAAGUCAAACCCUACACGCUUCCGCUCGCAAUUCUUCUCGAACGGCGUAACCCUGACGCCAAAGUAAUUUGGAUCCUCGACCCAACCAACGCACAUUUUCACGAGGACCCCACAAUUCCAUGGAAGUCGAAAAUAUUCGUAGAUGUCGGAGAGGAGCUGAUGGCAAAUGUGGGCUACAUGACGACGUGCGUAUGUUCUUCCGGUAAAGGUCAAACCUGCACCUGCGCGGAGGGCUGGAGGAUUGACUUCAUUCGAUGUAAAGAACUGCCCCUCCACAAAUGUAGUUAUCCCGCAAUCGUCGACCUGGAAUACCCAAAAGAUGCCGGGACAUCCUUGAUUUAUCAUUUUAAACAAUUUUUAAAUAACGAAGGAUUCCUGGAAGGACAGAAGGAGGCUGUGCAAACUUACUUUACGGGGGACAUAUUAGAUCAAACGUAUAACGAAGUGAUGGCAACCGUCGGGAAGGAUAAGAAGGGCAAUGGCGCGGCGAAGAUACCGGUGUUCGAAUCAGCCAAAUUGUCAUCCGUUGACAACUGCGCCAUGUGUGGAAAGCACAAUGCCGGAUUGAAGGCAGGGCUGAAACGAUGCGCCCGAUGCAAGAAGGUCCGAUACUGUUCGUAUGACUGUCAGAAGUGGGAUUGGCGAAGACACAAAAGCUCCUGCAUUCCAGCCCCGGCAAAUUUGGGGGAUGGCGUGGGUCUCCUGCCACCCGUAACUGUUGGUUAUAAUGACGGGAUUACCUUCGAAUAUAGAGGAAUGGAGAAAAUACCCAAAUUACAGAAACGCAAAGCGAAAAAUUAAAUUAUUUGUGUGGCAGGAAAUCAGGUCUAGAUACAAUUGUUCGCAAAUAAUUGUAACGUCCUUCCACCGUAUGUACAAAAUGUUGAUGAUUAUUUGCCUUAAUUUUAAAUAUUUUUCCAGGCAAAACCUCGGUUUUAAAAAAUUUCAUAAUUUUUCGAAUUUUUACGCGAAUUCAAAAAUUUGAAUCUCUUCAGAAUGACUUAUCUGACUUAUCAAAAAUUCCAUUGUCGUGAAAUUCGAAUUUUAGAAUUUUUUGGUUGCUUUUGAAAUUUUGCAAAUGUACGAACCCCUACAUAUAGAGUUUUAUAUUUUCUAAAAAUUUGCAAUUGGAUUUUUAAUACAUCAAGUACAUGUAUUUGAACAGACAUGUUUUCGAAUUUUUGAAUUCGUGCUCAAAUUCUAAAAGUUGUGGAAUAUUUUAAAAUCGAGGUUUUGGCUGGAAAAAUGUUUAACGCGCGCGCUCAAUUUAGCGCAUUAUGAAAAAUGCAAAAAUACAGGUAUAUAGGCUUAUUUUUUGUGCUGAACAAAAUAAAAGUUCUCUCAAUAAAAUCUGACUUGUACAAGUG